UUACACUUCUCAGCCAGACCAAGUUACCGGGAAUAAUAUGGCCUGCGGCGGCAGAAAGAGGAAGAUUUCGAUUACCACCUUUGAUGCGAAAAAGGAGUUGGAAAAGGACGACAACAAAAAGCUUCGGGCAGCGAUGCUUAAGCAACGCUAUGCUGAUAUGAUAUUGAAAUCUCAGCAACAAGUUGUUGGGAAAGAGUUGGAGGAAAAAGAGAUAUCGAUGAAGAAGAACUUGUGGGAGAAGCAGUUCCAAGAAGCAAUAGCAAAGUCUCAGCGGAAGAGAGAACGAAUGGCGGCCCGGUUCGCUAUUGAAAACAUCAAAAGGACCGUCGACUUUGACGAUAAUCUGCAGGCUGAGAGAGAUUUCUUGAUCAUGACCGGCGGCGCAACAAGUUAUUGUUUGUUCUAUAGGAGUGCAGUGUAUUCAGACGUGAACUCCUUUUUUUGUGUAUGCUGGCGAUCUGUUGGAGGUUAUUACACACACUUUGCACUCUCUCAACCCCAAGUCUACGUGAUGGUUUAGUGCUGCAAUCGUUUUAGUCAUUGACGUGGGUGAAGUAGAAAUCUGCCCUGCUUUAUUAUCCGUUACAGUCUGAAGAAGGUUUUGGUUUUAGAUUGGAUGUUGGCGCCUCGUGAUUGGAUAUAGAGUUGAUAGUAUAGAUCAAUAAAUUGGCAAGGGACAGAAAUGAGUGUAUGUGAUUGUGGUUCCCCAAGGGUCGUACGUGAGUAAGCCUUUUGGACCCUCACUAGACUGAAUAAGGAUGAGUCCCUGUUUUGGUUCGAGGGUGAUGUAUGCUGAAACAGCCAUCUGCAUUUGACUACGGUCUAACAAAAUAAUAAACGAAUAAGGCAACUUUCUUACAUGCAUUGCCAACGGAUUGAACUUGGACACACCAUGUAUAUUAUCUGGGACAAUGGGAUAUGAGUCCACCACAACAGAGGCAGCGUAUGAGCUAAAAUGUUAAAUCCAUAUCCGAAUGCUAAGCCUUCUGCACCCAUUCGUUCCUCCAAUUACUUGAGGACUAUAUUUCUACUGUUAAACCAGGAACUUGGUUGCUUAAUUGAAAGUCGACGAUUGAGGCCUUUGAAUGACUUUUUCAAAAUAUCCAUUCUCACUCAUAGCUGGGGCAGGUGAUACCUAAUUCAUGUACAUGUAUUAUACUUUAGCAGUACACUUUCAUUGGACUUGAUCCUCUUUUGCCCCCUCGCACAUUCUGAAGACAGAGAACUAGCUACAUUUCAGUUGAUCCGGCCUGAUCCAAUGCCCUUCUAUGGAACAUCUGAGAUUCUGAAUACUUUUUUCAAGGAGUGCAUACGUCUUUGCAAAUCAAAUCCAAAUACAUGAAGGCUUGUCACUUAUGCUUCAAUCUUUAGUUCAACUAUUCAAGAUGACCUGGUUGUGCUAAGGUGACUUGUCUAUGAUCGCAAUGUGAUGGAAAGUCAUGCUGCUCCGAACCUCAAAAACAAAAAAAAAUAUUAAGUUUUUAUCUCCGCCUGUGUUUGAGUUCUCGUGUAACACAGCCGGUCCCAAGCCCGGACAAAGGAGGAGGGUUUUAUUGUCUUUUAGAAGUUACAUCCUUCAUAAAUAUGAACCAGGUAACCUGUAAUGUUGUGGCCUGCUAUACUGUUAGAUGUUCAGAAAGUUUUUUGUCUGAUCAAUUUUUAAUCUUGUUGCAUACUGUUCAGGCUGAAAAUUCUUGUGCAGGUAUGCUUUUCUUCUUCCAGCUUCUCUACUUGUAGUUUUGGACAGAAGAUAAUGCUGAGUUGAGAAGUCAUACAAAUGCAUAUAUACAUGUGUUUUCCUAUUUUAUGUUUUAUUUAUUUUAACAGAUAAUAGUAAGAAGAAAACUUACUGAUGUUGCUCAACUGUGUUAAAGCAUGCCUACCUGGUGCCUUCCUUCUUACCCUUACAACAACAAAGCAGAUGAGUUUUCUUGUUUGGAAACAUCUCUUCAACUCUAUUCCUCUGAAUGAAUUUUUGAUGUUCUUACUUUCAGUAGAUAUCUGGUUAAUAGUUGGUUUUGA